UUGCAGGGGAGCGGGUGGGGGAGGGGCUUCUCUGGGAGCCCAGGACCGAGUGGGGCCUGCUCUGGGACCCCUCCUCACACUGGCUCCCUUGAUCUCUGUCCUCACAUCUCUGUCUCUCAGGUCCUGGGCUGGGGUGCUGGGUUCUGGCCCUGAGCUGCUAGGUGUGUGUGGUGCGGGGAGGGAGAUCGGGGUUUGGGGGGCAUUCCUCUCCAGCUGUGAAGGAGGAGUAUGCCUUCCGGUGUGUGCUGGGGGGCUGUCUGGGUGUGUCUGGUGGAGGGCCACAUGCCUGCUUCCAGACUCUCCACCACUGGGUUCUCACUGGUGUGUGUGCCUAUGAGGUUGCGUGACUGUGGGCUGUGAUGUGUGCCACUGCGUGCCCACGUGCAGCUGGCUGGGGCAGGUCCCUGGCCAUGUUCUGGAGCUGUGUGUGGUCCCAGUGUGUCAAGGUGUCUGAGACUGUGUCUGACUCUUGUGUGCUGUGGGUGGGAAUGCCCAGAAAUGCAUGGUUGUGUGUCCACAUGGAGCUGUAUUGUGUGUUUGGGGAGGAGAGAGGCUCAGGUGUGCCGCCAGGAUGACAUUGGGUGUCCUUGCGUGUUGUGUCUGGGACACUGGGUGUCCUGUGCUCUGUGUCACUGUGUGUAUAUAAGCUCUGUUGUGUGUCUGUGUAUAGUUUUGUGUGAGGUAGAGGAAGAACUGGUCCUCUGUAUCCUUGUGUGUGGACCAGCUGCUGUGUCUGCAGUGUGUCUCCUCCCCACCUGGAGGUGCUGCCCUGCAUCAGGAGGUGUGAGGCAGGGACAGGAGGCUACAGGACGCCCACUGGUCGAGGGGCUGUGCGUGCGUGUGUGUGUGUGUGUGUGUGUGUGUGUGUGUGUGUGUGUGUUGCUGGGUCGGAGGGGAUGUAGGCUUCUGCUCCUCCUGCCUCACUCCCCAGAGUUGUCAAUGGCCAAGAGUUUCGUUUCCCUGGCUCUGUGCAUGUGUGCGAAGUUGGAAGGGACAAUGGGACUCUGUUAGCAGAGGGAGAAAUUCUGUCCAUGGAGCCCAGCCAGAGGCUUGGCACAGCACAGGGACUGAGAGGGCAAACUGCUACCCCUGCGGGGCAGAUGAGACAAAGGUUCCCCCAGCCCAAUGCAGCUCCCUAGCAUCUAUGAUUUAGCAGACAGAUGGUACCCUUGCAUGUGUUUGAAAAGGUACCCCUUCCCACAGAUGGAUGCAGCCCCACCAGCUGCAUUAUUAGGAAGGAGAGCGCGGCUGGAUUCCAGCCUCUCAGCCAGACCCUCUUGUGCAGUACACAACCUGCCCAACCAUAUGUGGCAGCCCUCGUAUGAAUGAAGGAAUCCACAUCGCCACACACGUGUCACUCUCAGAAGUGGUGUGUCUGUGUGCAUGACAACCUAUGUUUCUCUGUGUGGGAUAAUGCAUCCAUGUUCUGUGGGUGCUGGUGCCCUGAGUUCAAAGCCUAGCACCAUUGCUUGGGCACUGCGACAUCACCUGACCUUUGUUGGUUGGUUUUUGUUUCUUAACUGUGGUAAAAUACACAUAACAUAAAAUUUAGCAUUUUAAGCAUUUUAAGUGUACAGCUCAAUGGCAUUUAAUAUAUUCACAGUGUUGUGCGACUACCACCACUAUUUAGUUCCAGAAUAUUUUCUUCACCCUGAAAGGAAGCCCUGCCCCCAUUAAGCAGUCACUCCCCAUUCCCUCCUGCCCCCAGCUCCAGGCGACCACUUAUCGGCUUUUGUCUACAUGGAUUUGACUAUUGCAGACAUUUCAUAUAAAUGGAAUCAUACAAUAUGUGACUUUUUGUGUCUGGCUUUUCUCUCUUAAUGUUUUUGAGGUUCUUCAUGAUGUAGAAUGUAUUGGUGCUUCAUCCCUUUUUAUGGCUGAAUAGUAUUCCAUUGAAUGGACAGACCACAUUUUGUUUACCCAUUCAUCAACCGAUGGACAUUUGGGUGGUCUCCAGUCUGGGGCUGCUGUAAAUCAUGCUGCUAAGGACAUUUGUGUUUUUGUGUUAACAUGUUUUUCAAUUCUUUGGGGCAUAUGCCUAGGAGUGGAACUGCUGGGUCAUGUGGUAACCCUAUGUUUAACUUUUAAGGAACUGCCAAUCUGCUUUCCAGAGUGUGGGCCAAGGCACUUCUAAGAUGCCCGUUAAACACCAAGUGGAGGCAUCCAGCAGGCAGUCUGGAGGCGAGCUCAGGGGAGGGGCCGGAGCAGAGCUAAAAGGGAACGUUGAGGCCCCAGGUGCAGCCUCCCAUAGCCCUCUCCCCAUCCCAGGCCCCAGCAGUUUUCAUAAUGGUGUGGUCCCUAGAUACAUGUGCGCUCAAUGGGAAGGAAUAAAGGAUAAAAAUAAUACCAAACGACAUUUAUUAAACUAGUCCCACCCACCCACCCUCUCUCCCACUUCCUUGCACUGCUUUUAUUUCUUCAUGGCCUCCAUAAUUUCUUAGUGUUUCUUCAUAACAGUUUUCAACGUGCAUCCCAUUAAUUUGUGUCUGCAUACUGGCUUUUCCCCUCACCAGAAGGCAAACCCCAUAAAGACAGAGGAGGAACCCUGCGGUUCAUCUACUGCUGCAUCCCCAGCCUCAGUAAACACUGCUGAAGGAACCCCUCCUGCCAGCCUGUUGCCAUACAAAACAGCUGGGCGCACCUGUCCCAUCUGGCCCCUCCCAUCCUGUUCACCCUCCUAUAAGUAUAGCACCUGCGCUAGGCUAGGCACUGCCCUAAACUCUCUACACAUAUGAAAUCGGUUCGUCUUUCCAACCACCCAGUGAUAGCCAUCCUUACCCCUGGUUUACAGAUGGAGAAACUGAGGCACAUGGGGACUUAGGUGUAUCCAGUAUCAGGCACCUGGCACAUGGUGGAGUUGGGGGAUGAACCACUACUACCCUGACUCUCCAGCUGUGCAAGGAGACACGUCAGACCUGAAACUGUGAGCAUGGGUGUGUGUGUGUGCGUGAGAGACAGACCACAGAGAGAGACAGAGACAGAGAGAGAGACAGAGGCUCAAGAUCCCUUGAUUAUCAGACGUAAAUACAAGAGAGAAAUAAGCACUGGGGAAACUGAGGGCCACGUGGGUCUAAGGCAGCAGUUCUAACUGGGGGCAAACGUGCCCCCCGGGGGGAUAUUUGGCAAUGCCUGGAGGCAUCUCAUGUUAACACGAUGUGGGGGAAUGUGAAUGCUCCUGGCAUCCAGCAGAUACUGCUGAACACCCUACAAUGCACAGGAUGGGCCCCCACAAGCAAGUACAUUCUGUGCUCAGAUGACAGUAGCGCCCAGGGUGAGAAACCCUGCACUCCCUCUUUCCACCUCCUGGUCUAUAAACUCAGGUUCUCAACUCCAAUCUCUCUCUCUCCUUCUCUCCUCCCCAUCUGCUCUUCUUUCUCUCUCCUUCCCCAUCUCCCCGACUCCUCCCAUCUCGCCCACCCCACCAUGUGUCUCCCUUCAUUGCCUCCCUUGGUCCCCCACUGACCCAUCCCAACCUCCUCCCCACUCUGGCCACCUCUCACUCUGCCCACCUCUGCCCUCCCUCACCUGCAUCUCACCUCUGGCUUUCCCCUCUGCCCUCUCUCCCUCACCUGCCUCCAUGCUUUCUUCUCCCUCCAUCACAUCUUUCCUCUGGUUUCUGUCCACCUCUCUUAUUUCUUCGCACCCCCAAUGCCACUGUCGACUUUCCCAUUCUUUCCUCCACCACUCAUCACUCGCUCUGACCUUUCUCUGCCAUUAUCAUUUCCGUUCUCCUUCCGCGGUGUCUGGACAUCCUCCUGUUGCUCCCCCAUCACCGCACUGUCCCGUGGGACUGCCAACUUUGGGUCCAUACAUGUCCCCUCCAUCUUUUCUGUUUCUUGGUUUGUGCCUCUCCGUCCUUCUACCUUCCCUUGGCCUGCCUUCCUCAUCAUCUCCGGCCCCCAUCUCCACAUUUCUCCACCUCUGGUCAUCUUUCUCCCGCCCGCCGUUCCAGCCUCGGUUCUCCCCCCAGCCUGGCUGCCCCAUGCCGGCCCUCCUGCUCCUCGGGACCCUCCUGCUCCUGGCCUCGACUACCGGCCAGGCUGGGGCGCGCCCGUCCAACGCCACAAGCACGGAACCCCCGGGCCCGCUGCCCGCCCUGCUGGCGCACCUGCGGCGCCUGACCGGGGCGCUGACCGGCGGCGGGGGCGCGGCGGGCCCAGGGGCCAACGGAACCAGGACCAGCACCCCGAGUUCGGCCGGCGCGGCGGCACGGGCGCCCCCUCCUGCCGAGCUCUGCCACGGCUACUACGAUGUCAUGGGCCAGUACGACGCCACCUUCAACUGCAGCACUGGCUCCUACCGCUUCUGCUGCGGCACCUGCCACUACCGCUUCUGCUGCGAGCACCGCCACAUGCGCCUGGCGCAGGCCUCCUGCUCCAACUACGACACGCCGCGCUGGGCCACCACGCCGCCGCCACUGGCCGGGGGCGCCGGGGGCGCCGGGGGUGCGGGCGGGGGACUCGGGCCCGGCCAGGCCGGGUGGAUGGAAGGGGGCCGGGCGGGUGGCGCCGGGGGGCGUGGGGGCGAGGGCCCAGGGGGCAGCACGGCCUACGUGGUGUGCGGGGUCAUCAGCUUCGCCCUGGCCGUGGGCGUCGGCGCCAAAGUGGCCUUCAGCAAGGCGUCCCGUGCGCCCAGGGCGCACCGGGAGAUCAAUGUACCCAGGGCUCUGGUGGACAUUCUGAGGCAUCAGGCGGGGCCUGGGACCCGCCCGGACCGGGCACGAAGCAGCUCCCUAACCCCGGGGGUCGGGGGUCCCGACAGCAUGCCCCCGAGGACGCCCAAGAACCUCUACAACACCGUGAAGCCCACCAAUCUCGAUAAUCUGCACCACAACUACCUGCACCUCAACGUCAACAGCCCCAAACACCACGCUGCCACUCUGGACUGGCGGGCCAUUCCGCCGCCCAGCCCCUCCUUGCACUACUCCACGCUGUCCUGCUCUCGGUCCUUCCACAACCUCUCGCAUCUGCCCCCGUCCUACGAGGCCGCUGUGAAAUCUGAACUCAACCGCUACUCCUCCCUCAAGAGGCUGGCCGAGAAGGAUCUGGACGAGGCCUAUCUGAAGCGCCGGCACCUGGCAGAGAUGCCCCGCGGGACGCUGCCCCUGCAUGCGCUGCGGCGACCUGGCACAGGGGGCGGCUAUCGCAUGGAAGGCUGGGGUGGCCCCGAGGAGCUGGGCCUGGCACCCGCGCCCAACCCACGGCGCGUCAUGUCCCAGGAGCACCUGCUGGGCGACGGGGGCCGGGCACGCUAUGAGUUCACACUGCCACGCGCGCGCCUCGUGUCACAGGAGCACCUGCUCCUGUCGUCCCCCGAGGCCCUGCGCCAGAGCCGCGAGCACUUGCUGUCACCCCCCCGCAGCCCCGUGCUGCCCCCCGAGCCCGCCGCCCGCGCCAGCCUGGCCGCCUCCCACUCCAACCUGCUGCUGGGGCCCGGGGGGCCCCCUACACCGCUGCACGGGCUGCCCCCGCCGCCCGGCCUGCAUGCGCACCACCACCACCACGGCCUGCACGGCUCGCCGCAGCCCGCCUGGAUGUCAGACACCGGCGGAGGUGGGGGCACGCUGUCUCGCAGGCCGCCCUUCCAGCGCCAGGGCACGCUGGAGCAGCUGCAGUUCAUCCCCGGCCAUCACCUGCCCCAACACCUCCGCACUGCCAGCAAGAAUGAGGUGACUGUCUGACUGUCUGAGGUCGGGCCAGGGGCUUGGGGGCUGCAGCCUGGGGCCCCCAUCCCGGCCUGCAUCCCCCAACACACGCCAGGGGCCUGGGACCAGAUCUGCGGUGGCCGGGAGGGCUGCCUCCAAGGACACUGUUUUGGAUGAAAUCAUCACCUGACACAAAGCUUCCUUCUGCGAUGUCACGGCAGAUGAGACCCCUCCUCCUAUGUCACAGUUUGAGGCAGGACCUCCUUCCCAUGACGUCAUCACAGAGGAAGAGGCCUGUAUGUGAGGUCAUCACUAGCGAAAAUGUCUUUGUUCACCACAGGGACAAAACCUCCUUCCCAUGAGGUCAUCACAGAGGAAAAGGCCCACCCUUAAGGUCAUCACUAGAGGCAUCUAUGCUCCAUGGUGUCAUCACAAAGACUUCCCUCCUGUGAUGUCAUAAGAGGAACAAUGCCUUGUCCUAUGACAUCAUCCCUAGAGACAGAGUCCUUCCUAUGAUGUCACUGCAUAGAUAAAUCUCAUCCUUAUGAUGUCAUCUCUGGCACCAAAAGGCCUCUUUUGACAUCAUCAUCACCAGGAAAAUAUUUUCUUCCAAAGAAGAUGCCUUUGUCACCACUACAGACAAAGCCAUCUUCCUGGGACACAUCACAGGGGAAAGAGCCUCACCAGCUGUGUCCUCACUAGACAUAAGGCCUCCUUUCUACGACAUCAUCACAGGGACUCUGCUUCCUUCCUGUGAUGCCAUCGCCAGAGAAGGUGCCUUGCCCUAUGAUGUCAUCAGAGGGACUGUGCCUUUUCCGUGAUGUCAUCAGCAGAGAUGGCAGCCCACUCUGGGGACAUCUCCAAGACGAGGCCCCUUCUGCAAUGUCACAACCAGACUCUGCCUGCUCCGAGAUUACAUACGCCAUGAGACACCUCCACUGCUGCUGCCAAGUCCCGGAACGGCAGGGCACACUCAGAGUCCAUGACUAUCCUGGGGGGGGUCACCAGAGAAAGUGCCCUGUCCUGAGGUGUCAUCUAGGGGUGCCCUCACUGGGGAGGCUGCCCCGGCGGAGAGGUCUCUGCCACAGAUGACAGUCCAUCUGUGGAUUGUUGGCAGUGGCCCUGCCCCAGCUGAGGCUCUGCCCCACUGCUGUGAUGUCAUGACCAGAGACACUGCCUGCUCUGGAAGGCCAUUACUUGUAAUGGUAUCACCAGAGUUUCUGCCUUGUCCCACCAUGACUUGGCUUGGUCACUCCUUCCCCUGACCCUAGAGACAUGCCCUGCGGGAUUUCCACCAGAACCUCACCUAAAGGGUGGUUGGGCCACGGGUCCUGUGUGACUCCUGGAGGAUAGCACUCCCAGACUGGCUUCUGCUCCCACGGAGGCCACUCUGGCCCACCAGGCUCCUGGAGUCCUGGGACUCACAGGUGGCGCUACUUCUCUCUGCCGUAACUACAGACAUCACCACCUCUGUAAACAAAGUCCUGGCCUCCUGUUGGGGGGUGGGGAGAGGUGGGAGUAUGCCUGCUAUUUAUCUAGCUGAUGACAUCAUCAGCACCACAAGACUUCCACCACUCCUGGUGGUAAGUUGCACCUGGGGUCCAGUGUUAACCAUGCCUGAUGAUGACAUCAUUUCCCAGGAUUCCCUUUGACCUAUGGUGUAUUCAUCUCCCAGGAUCCACCAUAACUAGGAUAUCAUUCUCUUCCAGGAUUUACCAUAACUAUAGUGUCACCUUCUCCCAAGGUUCCCUAUAGCCAAUGGUGUCAUCAUCUCCCAUGAUUCUGCACAACCAUGAUGUCAUCAUCUCCCAUGAUUCUCCACAACCAUGGUGUCAUCAUCUCCCAAGAUUCACCACAGCUGAUGAUGUCAUCAUCUCCCAGAACCCGCCAUGACCAACGGUGUCAUUACCUUCCAGAAUCCACUAGAGCUGAUGGUAACAUCUUCUACCAGGAUCCACUAAAACUGAUGAUGCCACAAUCUCCCAUAGUCCCCCAUAAUUGUGGUGUCAUCAUCUCCCAGGAUCCACUUCAACCAUGAUGUCUGCAUGCCCCAGGAUCCACCACAGACUUGGUGUCAUCACCUCCCAGGAUUCAACUCAGCAGUGAUGUCACCACCUCCCAGCAUCCAUGAGUCAAUGGUGUCCCAGAACACAUGACACCCAAUUAGUGUCAUCAUCUCCCAGGAUCCAUUUCAACCAUGGUAUCACCAUCUACUGGAAUCCACCAUAACCAUGGCAUCAUCAUCUCCCAGGAUCCAGGACACCCAAUGAUGUCAUUUAGCAGGAUCCACUUCAACCAUGUAUCAUCACCUUCCAGGAUCCAUCAUCUUGGGAGCCAAGUAUUACGACAGCUGUAUUUCAAUUGUCUUCUGGGGUCACCUACAGUUGUUCCCUUAAGAGGAACCAGCACAAUACACAUCAUUUUCCCGUUCCCUCAAAAAUGGAGUGGGAUGGGGUCCCCUCUGAUGACAUCAUCAUACUCUGGCCCAUCCUGAUGAUGUCACUGCCAUGCUCCUGACUUAGGCUGACGCCUGCCUGCAUCAACCACACCACAGACUUGGCCUUGGUCAGUCCUCCAUCUCCCCCUGAUGAGGGUAUCCAGGUCCCUCCUGAUAACUGCCCUUCACCCAGCCAUCUGAUCGGUGACAGGGUCAACAAAGAGACCUCUUAUCAUCACCAGAGGAGGGGCUUUCCAGUCCUCAGGUGAUAUCACUGUCCCUUGCCCAAUCCCUGUUACCUGGAUCCCCACCCAGAGCUGCACUCCAUUGGCUUGGGCCAAACUCUCCUUAGAGACCCCCCUGGGCUGGGCCAACACCUGCCGACCUCCCUGAGGCCUUCAGUGGUUUUCUCUGCUGCCCUGGUCGUGGGGCAGGCACAUCUGGAGAGCCACGGCCACUGCCAGUGCCACCUGUAGGGGUGGGAGGUGGUGCUCUGCAUCAUCCCAAGAUGGCAGAGAAGCAGCAUUCUCUCCUUCAUCUCCCCCUCACACACUGGGGAGCCUCUGGGGUUUCGGGGAUUCCCCAACACCCUACGCACAAUUUGCCCCCAAUUCUCUCUGUAUAUAGCCAUGUUCUGGGGCGGCCAUUCCCCCACUCUUAAAGGGCUACAUGCCCCCUCUCCCAGCCCCCAGGGCGAGGUGAGGGGGCCUCUUCUCCCUCCCCUGGGCCGUCCCCCUCCCUUUCCUCUCUCCCCACAAAUCCUGGCACCUCAGCUCAUCCCUUUUCAUCAGGAGCCUGGGGCAGAUAACUGACCCUCAGCUCCCACCACACUGAGGACACUGAGGGGUUACCCCCAAUCUACCAGGGCCCCAGUGCCAGUUUGCCAGUUUGCCAGUUUUUCAACUCCACGCUUACAGCUGCUCCUUUGGGUUCCUCCAAUCCCCUUGAGGGCCUCACCACACCCAGUAUCCCUAUGGCAGACUGUGACUUCCCCCAAAAGGAGCCAGCUUGGGCGCCUGCCCCUCCCAGACCCCUCCCCUCUGCUCACCACCCUCAAGGAGCCCUCAGCUUUCUCCAGCCCCCAGAAUUGGGGGAUUCGGGGCCUUUCAGCUUUUGUAUGCCCCCCUCAACUUGCUCUUUCCCGGCCUGGAUUCCAGGUAUCUUGCCCCCUCCCCGCACUCACUUGACACAGGCUGCCUGACCCUGGGGCCUUGACCUCUUAUCUCAAAUAAGCCAUAGUAGGGAGAGGUCUCGAGGUGGGUGAGGAAGUGGGCAUGUCCUGCCAGAUCCCCUUGAUGCUUCCAGAGAUGGGACCUCGCCAUCUGAGUCUUCCCUCACCAGCCCCCACCACCUCAUAAAUGCAUACACAGGCUUGUGCGUACACACACACACACACACACACACACACACACACACACACACACACACACACUCCCAUUCCAGUGAGGGGGCAGUGGAGGGCGGUACAGAAAGAAGAUCAAUUCUGGACCAAAAGAACUUCCAAAGCUCUGCCUGCUUCCUUAUCCCUACCCACCCUAUUCCUCCCCCCAACACCUGACUCUUGCCCCAGUUCCCUGGUGAGGACAGCCAGCCGAGCUGCAACUUGGUAUUUUUUUGAAUAAACAGAUGUUUUCCUGA